UGUGGAAGUAUCUGCGGUUAAAUUAAUAAUUAUUUAUAUUAUUAAAAAACAAAUAAAAGUUUGAAAUUUCAACACAAAAAUAAAUAUUGAAAAAAAAAAUAAAUAAAUAAUAAAAGUUACAGUAUUAUUUAUACAAAUAAAAUUAAAUAAAAAGAAAAAAUAUAAAUACAAGGAAUAAAUACAAAAACUGUGAAAAUUUAAAAAAUUAUAUAAAAAAAAAUAAUUAAAAACAAAAAAUAUCAAAAAUGAAAGCUCUAACAGUUUGCCCCAACUCAACGAACGGCGUCGCCAAUGGUCGCGUCUCGAAAAAUCGCGAUGGCGAAAAUGCCGAAAUUCAACUUUACAUCUCCAAGUUGAAGGAACUCGUGCCAUUUAUGCCAAAAAAUCGCAAAAUUUCCAAGCUCGAGGUGAUUCAACACGUAAUCGAGUACAUUGUCGAUUUGCAAUCCGCACUCGACUCGGAAACGGAUAUUGCAUCGUUUGAUGCCGCUGCCGCCCUUGCCGGCGAAAAUAUGCUCGGAGAGCAACAAAUGAUGAUCCAAACGCCCGCCAGUCCGCGACAACCCUUGGCACCGAUGCGAUCGAGCCCGAACCUCAUCGUGAGUCAGUCACCCGCUACCACAGUACAACAUAGCAGUAAUAAUAACAAUAAUAAUAACGAAUAUCCAUCGUCGCCGAGCAAUACGAUAUCAGAAAAAUCGUCGUAAGAAAAUUUUUAGGAUUAAGCUCGUAGUCUAUCAACCUUUUGUAUAAAAUAUGGGAAAAAAUGUAUAAUAACAAAAAUGCAAGAAGGAAGGAAAUUUAUCUCUAUCCGAUCGGACGUUACAAAAAAAAAUACAAUGGACAAUGAAAAAAAAAUUUUUUUUUCAUUAAAUACCGAUGAACGAUGAACCCUUUUUUAAUUAAUGUUAUUAUACGAAAAAAUAUUAAUUAUUAUUAUUAUAUUAUUACUAUUAUGUUCUGUGAUCUUGUAUAAAAAAAAAAUAUAAAAUAAUAGUAAACAUAAUUUUUUUAUGUACAAAAUAUUAGGAUAUAUAAUUAGAUUGAUUAUUACUUUAUAAUUAUAUUAUUAUGAAAAAAAAUGCAGAUUUCUGGCUUUAAUUCUUUUUUAAACAUUUUUUUUUUAUAAAAAAUUAAAAAAAAAACAAAAUAAUUUUCAUUCAUUUUUAUUAAGUAAUUAUUGAUUUUGGAAAGAAC